CCAGAAGCGAAAGGAACAAGCCGCAAGCAACACCAGGGCACGCACAGCAGAGAAGAGAAGCCGUCUCCCCCAAAGCUCUUCCCGACCAAAUAGAAGAGAGGCCAUGGAGCGGCUGCAGCGGAUCUUCGGCGCCGGCGGGAUGGGGCAGCCGCCGUCUGACUCACCGCUGCUCGAUUCCUCCGAGCAGGUCUACAUCUCCUCCCUCGCGCUCCUCAAGAUGCUCAAGCACGGGAGGGCCGGCGUGCCUAUGGAGGUCAUGGGCCUCAUGCUCGGCGAGUUCGUCGACGACUACACGGUCAGGGUGGUUGACGUAUUCGCCAUGCCGCAGAGCGGGACCGGGGUCAGCGUCGAGGCCGUCGACCACGUCUUCCAGACCAACAUGCUCGACAUGCUCAAGCAGACCGGCAGACCAGAAAUGGUGGUAGGGUGGUAUCAUUCACAUCCUGGUUUUGGUUGCUGGCUAUCUGGUGUUGACAUAAAUACUCAACAGAGUUUCGAAGCUUUAAAUCCCAGGGCAGUUGCUGUUGUGAUAGAUCCCAUCCAGAGUGUCAAGGGGAAGGUGGUCAUUGAUGCAUUUCGUCUCAUCAAUCCUCAGACUAUGAUGCUUGGGCAGGAGCCGCGACAAACAACAUCCAAUGUUGGGCACCUAAAUAAGCCCUCUAUUCAGGCUCUUAUUCAUGGGCUGAACAGACACUACUACUCCAUUGCAAUUAAUUACCGCAAAAAUGAGCUCGAGGAAAAGAUGUUAUUGAACUUGCACAAAAAGAAAUGGACUGAUGGAUUAAUUUUGAAGAGGUUUGACACACAUUCAACUACUAACGAGCAGACUGUUCAGGAAAUGCUGAGCCUAGCCAUCAAGUACAACAAAGCAGUGCAAGAGGAGGAUGAGCUGUCACCUGAGAAACUAGCGAUAGCCAAUGUGGGACGUCAAGAUGCAAAGAAGCAUCUAGAAGAGCACGUCUCAAAUUUGAUGUCGUCAAACAUAGUUCAGACCCUAGGGACCAUGCUCGACACGGUUGUCUUUUAGUCUACUACUACUGUUGUUCCAACCCUAUAUACAGACCAACCCAGUUUAUCAGUCGUGUUAUCCCGGCCUGCCAUAAUGCAGUGAGGUUGAUGUGAGGUACAUUCGUGUACUAACAGUUUACUGCAUGAACUUAAUUAUUUUUCCUGUAGCACUAUCUUCUGUAUGUUGUUAACCAGUUGUUAAUUUGGCUGCAUCUUUUGGUCCA